CUUUCAGCUAAAUACAUACAUUUUUUUUACACAUGCCUCCUGCUUUCCAACCUCCUUAUGCUGUUCCAGUUCCUGGCGCAGUCCAAAAAGAUGGCGAGACCUUACCACACCGUCACUUUAGAUUUGCUGACAAGUUAGUCGAUCACCCCGAGAAUAUUCAUACUCUUUGGGACAUGUAUCUUAACGGUUACAAGUUAGCUGGUGACAGACCAUUUAUGGGUACACGUCGUAUGGAAAAUGGUGUCGCAAAAGAGUACGUCUGGCAAAGUCACCCUGAAGUUCGUAAACGUAUCGAGAAUUAUGGUAAAGGUUUAAUUGAGCUCGGUUUAAAACGUCAACAAGCUCUUGGUGUUUAUGCUGUGAAUAGACCUGAAUGGACCAUGACUGAAUUGGCUUCUUACAGACAAGCCUUCAUUAUUGUCGCGCUUUAUGAUACCCUUGGUGCCGAAGCAAUGGAAUAUAUUGUCAACCAAGUGGAUAUGGAGGUCAUUGUUUUAAGCGCCGAUAAACUUGAUAAUAUCACCAAGCUUAAAGCCCAGCUUCCAUCAAUUAAAACCAUCAUCGUCAUGGAUGAUUCCAUUCCACAAGCCAGUAAAGAGUCAGCUGAAGCAACUGGUCUUAAGGUCUAUACUUUCCGUGAAGUAGAGGCCCUGGGUGCUCCUAUCACUGAGGAAACAGAAUUAGCUACAGCAGACGAUAUUGCAACCAUCUGUUAUACCAGUGGUACCACAGGUGUACCCAAGGGUGUUGUCUUGACCCAAUCAAGCAGUGUUGCUGCCAUUUCUGGUAUUGCUGCUGUUGGUGAUAAGGGCACAUUUGCCUUAAUUACUCAUGAAGAUACAUACAUUUCAUACCUUCCUCUUGCUCACGUUUUCGAACGUGCAGCUCAAGGUAUUCAUUUGUAUAAAGGUGCCGCCAUUGGUUACUACCAAGGUGACACUCUCAAGUUAUUGGACGAUAUUGCUGAAUUAAAGCCAACUGUUUUUUGCUCCGUACCUAGACUUUUCAAUCGUAUUUACGAUAAAGUUUUAUCCGGUGUCAAAGCUAAGGGUGGUGUCUCUGCCAUGCUUUUCAAUUCUGCUUUUGCAGCAAAGAAGGCCAGUCUUAACAAGACCGUAAACCAUUGGCUUUGGGAUCGUGUUGUAUUCGCUGGUAUCCGACAAAAAUUAGGUGGUCGUAUUCGUUUUAUUCUUAGUGGUUCCGCUCCCGUAUCACCAGAUGUAAUGGAUUUUAUGCGUAUUUGUUUUUCUGCAAAGGUAUUCGAAGGUUAUGGUCAAACUGAAAACUAUUGCGGUGGUUGUUUGACUAUUUCUGAUGACAAUACUUCUGGUGUUGUCGGUGUACCUUUCCCUUGUUCUGAAAUCAAAUUAGUCGAUGUGCCCGAAAUGGAAUACCAUGCUACCGAUAAACCAUAUUCUCGUGGUGAGAUUUGUAUUCGUGGUUUCUCUACUAUGCGGGAAUACUAUAAGUCUCCUGAAAAGACUGCAGAAACAAUCGAUGCUGAUGGCUGGUUACAUACUGGUGAUAUUGGUAUGUUCGAUUCCGCCAACCGUGUUGUUAUUAUUGAUCGUUUGAAGAACAUUUUCAAGUUGUCCCAGGGUGAAUAUAUUGCACCUGAAAAGAUUGAGGGAGUUUAUCAAAAGCACGAAUUGGUUGCUCAAGCUUACGUCUAUGGUGACUCUAUGCAAGCUUCUUUAGUCGGUGUCAUCGUACCUGAUAAAGACUCUUUCAAAAAGGCUUUCCCCAAUACUGAAAAUCCUUACGAAUCUGAUGAAGUCAAGAAGGAAUUAUUAAAGACAUUAAAUGCUUACGGCAAACAAAAUGAUCUCAAGGGUUUCGAACAAAUCAGAGCUGUGCAUUUAACUUCAGAAGAGUUUUCUGUUGAAAACGAUCUUUUAACCCCAACCUUCAAAUUGAAGCGUGAAACUGCAAAGAAGGUUUACCAAUCCCAAAUCGAGGCCAUGUACGCCACUUUAUCAAACGGCAGAGCUUUCAAUUAAUACAUAUACUCUGACUAAUAAUUUUUCCAAAAAAAAAGGAACCCUUCCCCAACAUGUUUGUCCAUACCAGAUUAGUAAUAAUAAAUUCAUUCAAUGCCAAAAUUUAAUAAAAAGAGCGUUUUUUUUUGUUUGUUUUG